UUACACCAUGGGUGGAUUUUGCCUUCUCUACCUGCUCCUGAUCCUCUUGAUGAGAUCUGGUGACGUUGAAACCAAUCCAGGUCCUAACACUGCAGAAAGUACUGUCAGUGAAAUGGAGUUCCUGAAGCUGGCCCAGAAUAUCCCUCCAUCUUACUACGAGGCUGUAGGGAUAUCUCUAGGGAUCCCCUAUGCUCAGCUACAGGCAAUUCUAAGUGAGAAGUUGAAGAACUAUACCAAUGCAUUACUGGAUGUCUUUAUGAAAUGGAAUGUCAAGCAGCAACCUCCACACUCAAACAAAAGACAGCUUUUGGCAGACAAACUACGAGAGAUUGACUUGGGUAGCCUAUCAGACGGAUUACUCAAGGGACCUCCAAUUCCGAACAGCACAGGAGAGCCAUCAAGACUGCAUGAAUCACAGACCAAUCCUCCUUCAGCUGAAUCUCAGACCAAACCACUUUCUCCUGAACUGGUUGAGCGGUGUGCAAAUGAUUUCAAGUUCAAGUACAGGUCAACUCUCUGUAAGAUCAGAACUGAUCCUCUCAAUCCUGCCUCCACUGUGCCGUUUGACGACAUUUAUACUAAUCUCUUCUUACAAAAAGAACAUGGGACAGAGAAGCGAAUGCUAGAUUACAAUGAUAUCCUUGAUCUCAAAGUGAAUGGAGAGUUCCCCAAGCGGAUCAUGGUUCAGGGAGAGGCAGGGGCUGGAAAAACUACAUUUUGUGCUAAGAUUGCCUGGGACUGGGUUGAAGGGAGGCAUUUCAGUCACUUUGUGUGGGUCUUGAUUGUUCCUCUACGUGAAUUUAAGCAACACACUAUUGGCGAGAUUGCAAAGUCCUAUCUAGCCAAAAGCAAUCCAGCAACAGUUUCUCAGAUUUCUGAGUAUAUCCGGUCAAAUCCUGACAAGGUAUUCAUCGCGUUCGAUGGGCUAGACGAAGUCAGUAGCAAAAUCAUGAAGACUGAAUCUUGUGAAUCACAGCCUACUGAUCAAAUACAACUUCAGCCAUCACAGCCAAGUGUCACCUCCUCAGAGGCAUGUGGAAGCUCAUCUGAGGAUGAUGAUAUUGGACUUGUAGAUAUUCUUUGUUCAGAUCAACUUGCCUCUUGCCCAGUUUUGGUGACCACUCGCCCAUGGAAAGCAGUAGAGAUUAGAUCAGAUGGUGAUCUAAUGAAGCUCUACACAUUCAUUCAUGUUGAGGGUUUCAGAAUAGAGGAUUUGUCAGUUUACAUUCACAAAUACUUUCCAAAGAAUGACAAUAAAGCAAAUCGGCUUAUCCAGUUCACCCUUGAGAAUAAUGUCAUAUCUGAAUACAUGGCCCACUAUCCUAUAUAUGUAGCCAUGUUGUGUCUUAUGUGGAAACAACGUGACAAGCAAAAACUAAAGGAAAUGAAAUCAAUGAAAACUUUUUCACAGAUAUUCAAAGAAUUGAUUGCCUUUCUAAAAGAACACUAUGCUCAGAAAGAGGUGAAGAAAGUAGGCAGCCCUUCACUUAUUGCCUUUUUGAACAAAAUUGAUGAGCUCCUUGGACCGAUUGCCAAAGAGGCCCUCAAUGGUCUGCUAGAAAAUACCUUGGUUUUUGAUGAAGAUGAUUUCAAAAUAUGCCCAGAAUCCAAGGACACUGCCUGUAGGGUCGGGAUUUUGUCUCAGGAGGACAGAAUUCCCGCUGACACAGAUACACAUGAGAGGAAUUCUCAUGUGCAAUUGCCAGUCUUCUUCCCUCACAAACUGUUUCAAGAGUACAUGGCUGGAGUCCAUCUUGCUUCACUGUAUGAAUCAGAUCGUAAUGAAUUCAACAGGCUGAUUGAGCAAGUAGUGCUGCCAAGGAAGGAGGAGUUUAGGUAUCUCUUGUACUUCACUGUGUCACAGAACAAAAGUAUUGCAACCAAUGUAAUGAAGUCUAUGCUUCAGGUAGUAUACAGGAAUUGUUUGAACAUAAAUAAACAUUUACCCUUCAUUGUUGAUGUAGCCUUUGAGAGUCAGGACCCAGAUGUAGCAGCCUUGGUGAAGGACAGGUUGUCAUCACUGGCAAUUAUGCUAACCCUAUCCGAAGGCAAACCAGCACACACUGUAGCAGCUUAUGCUUUCAUUGGACCACAUUUGGUCCAGAAUAUCUGCUGCCUUUUUAUCAAGACUUUCACACCAGCCUCAUCACACCACCUAGCAGAAGCACUGUGUUCUAUGCCAAACCUGAAUGACCUGUCAUUCUGUGAGGUGGAUGUCACUGAGGAGUUCUACCCUACAUUGAAAGCACAGGCCUCAUCCAUACAGGUCAAGACUCUCCAUCUUGAUGAUCCCCGGGAUCCCACACCAGUCACAUCACAACACCUUGCAGAAGCACUGUGUUCUAUGCCAAACCUGACUAAACUGACACUUCUAAUGGAUCUCCCUGAAGAGUUCUACUUUACACUGGAAGCACAUGCAUCGUCCAUAAAGGUCCAGACUCUCACGCUUUGUGGUACCCAGUGUCCAAAACCAGCCUCCUCGCACCACCUUGUAGAAGCACUGUGUUCUAUGCCAAACCUGGCUGACCUGACACUUGAAAUGGGUCUCCAUGAGGAGUUCUACUCUAGAUUGAAAGCAAAGGCAUUGUUCAUAAAGGUCAAGACUCUCAAGCUUGGUGCUUUCAAGUGUCCAACACCAGCCGAAUCACAUCACUUAGCAGACGCACUAUGUUCUAUGCCAAACCUGACUGACUUGACACUUGACAAGGUUCACAAUGACAUCUACUCCACAUUGAAAGCAAAUGCAUCAUCCAUACAGGUCCAGACUCUCAAGCUUCAUUUGGACAAGAGUCCCAAACCACACACAUCGCAUCACCUUGCAGAGGCACUGUGUUCUAUCCCAAACCUGUCUGACCUGACACUCCAUGGGGAGGAUCUCACUGAGGAGUUCUUCUCUACAUUGAAAGCAAUGGCAUCAUCCAUACAGGUCCAGACUCUCAAGCUUGAUGUUGUCAAGAGUCUCACACCAGCCUCAUCACAUCACCUAGUAGAAGCACUCUGUUCUAUGCCAAACCUGAAUGACCUGACACUGAAUGGAAGGUUUCUCAAUAAGGAGUUCUACUCUUCAUUGAAAGCAAUGGCAUCAUCCAUACAGGUCCAGACUCUCAAGCUUGAUGUUGUCAAGAGUCUCACACCAGCCUCAUCACAUCACCUAGUAGAAGCACUCUGUUCUAUGCCAAACCUGAAUGACCUGACACUGAAUGGAAGGUUUCUCAAUGAGGAGUUCUACUCUUCAUUGAAAGCAAUGGCAUCAUCCAUACAGCCUCAUCGCAUCACCUAG